UAAACCCUCUGCAAUCCGAGUGCUCUCAGACCACACCAAACGGUUCUCUCUCUCUACUUUCUCUCUCCUUCAUCGUCUUUCUUGAGCAGUAUCCAUCUCUCUCUCAGAGACUCUCCACAUCCCCUCCAAUGGCGACCGACUCGCAGAAGCCCAGCGACAACAAUCCCUCUGUGGAAAACCCUACGAUAGCCCUAGACCCCGCAGCCCCGCCCACCGCCAAACUCCAAGACCCGAAGACUGACGCUUCGUCCGCUGCUCCUCCGUCGCCCUCCGACUCCGUCUCCGGAAAAGAGGCCGAGGGCGCUUCCAAGUCCGCGGAGGUUCCUACCGCUGCCUCCGCCGCGGUGGCUACGGUUUCCGAUAUCGAGAAGAAGAUGCGCAGAGCCGAGAGGUUUGGGAUAUCCGUACAGCUCACCGAAGAAGAGAAGCGAAACUCUCGGGCCGAAAGGUUCGGUACUGGAUCCUCAUCUGGUGGGUCAGAAUUACCAAAGAAAUCGGAGGAGCUGAAGAGGAAGGCCAGAGCAGAGAGGUUUAGUACGUCUAGUACACCAGUAGCCUCCAACCCUGAGGAGGAGGCCAAGAAGAAAGCUCGACUUGCUAGGUUUGCACCAGCUUCCAAAACUGAUCCGGUAGAAGAUGACAAAAGGAAAGCAAGAGCUAUCAGGUUUGCAAGCACUCCUUCAAAUUCUUUAUCUCAAACGAAUGGUAAUGGACAGGCAAAUAUUGAACCGAGUAAUGCAGCUAUUGCAGGAAAGGCUGGAGGAGGGGCUUGAUGGAAGCUUCUUCCUUCAAUAGCCUAGGUUCUAACAGUCUGUGAUUUCCCUCAAGUGUUUUUGUUCUAGUCAUGUCUACUCCCCAAGUCACCAUUACGAGGAUUCUCAUGUGCAGCAUUUUCUGUUGUUGGAUACCUUCCCCAAAUUAGUUUAACAGGAUCAUGGCAGUAUCCGGAGCUUUCUCGCAGUUGAAUUUAUCCUAAUGUCAUUAUUACCCAGUGAGGUCUUGAAUUAGCAACUACCUACUUAGUGUUCAGAUAUCUUCUAAUCUACUAAGAAUACCAGGAAUUCUGAAAUUUAACUCUAGGGGAAAAAAAUGUGUCUAGCUAUUUUACUACUCUUUUUGGUAGUCAACGUUUUUUUCUAACCUAACAAGUCAGGCUUAUUUCCUAGCUCGUUUGCACAUCAUUUUGGGCAGCCUCUCAAUGCUCUCAGGAUAUUUCGUAUUCAUCAUAUAGUAUUGAAUGGUCAUGCGAAGUUGGUUUUAUGAGUUUAGAUCAUUUCAUUGGACUGUUAUGCCUCGAAUCUUUGCUGACUUUCUACACUUUCUACAUGAGGAGUGGUGUAACUGACCUUAAUUAAUCUGGAGAAGAAGUAAAAAUAAAAUCUGAAAUAUGAACUUUAAGUAGGAGCCACUAUUUAGAUUUUCUAUUUAGCCGUGCAAUAUUUGAUUUAGCUAGUAGAUGAUUUUAAACUCUCAGCGGUGAGAUUGAUAGUUUAUUCGCCAUAUUAAACCAAACCACAUUAACUCUUUUUCCACAGCCAUCUCUCUCCCUAAGAGAAGGAUAAACAUAAAUAAGAUCGUAGACAUUUAAGGCGGAUGGCCGACUGACAUGUGACUGUUUAACAUUUAGGGCUAACAGUGUUUGACUGUGGUUGAGGUUUUAUUUUUCAUCUUCUGCUUGAUGACAGUGCAUGACUACUAACCUAAUACAUGAAUCAGAUGUCAUCAUUUGCAUUACAUGGCGAUGAAUUACAUUCAAUGCUACUUCCAAGUGGAUCAGGAAAAAUUAUCGAGGCAAUGUGCUACUUUGUGAUGAGUUCCGUUCUUUGCUGUUUUUAAGCACAUCGAAAUAAGGGUUGACUAACAAAUGCGAAUUUGUCAGAUGAAAGGACAUGUUUGAAUGUGUUGGCACUUUUUUGUUAGAAGAAGAUCCCGAAGAUUAGUGUUUUUCCUAGGCGUUAAUUUUAGAAUUCCUGAUAUUCUUAGCGGAUUGUUUGAGAUAUGUGAACUCUUUGGAGGUGUUUGUUAAUUUUCUUUGGCCUCUGGGUAAAUUGCGGAAUCUUCAAGGCGGGAUACUGGAACGGGUGAUAUUUGUCAGCUGAGUUGAUUGUGUAACCUUUAUUAUGCAUUUUGUAUAUUAAGUUUUCUUAGCUGCAGAACUUACUAUCUUGUAAGGGGAUUCUUUUGUGUUUCCUUUCUAGGAGUAAUGGUUGGGAGGACCAGGUUACUUAAUUGGAUGGAGGGAAUUUUAUUUGCUUUUCA